AUGAGUAGAAAUUCUGGUGGUACUUAUUCUAUAUCGUCACAGUUGAGGGACUCAUUACUUCAAGAAGCGCAACAAGAUGAGGAUGAGCAUAAGAAUAUACUAGAUAAGAGGAUGGAAAGCAGAAUAGUUCGUAAGAAUCAAACGGACAGAGCCAAUAAUUUAAAGGAGAAGAGACUACCAUUGUCUGACUCCGCUGAUGUCAAUUCCCAACCACCAACUAAGAAAAGAAAAUCGAGAUGGGAUGUUCAGGCUUAUCAAAUCCCAGAACAAACCAGGGAUACUCAAAAACUAAUCAAUGAGAAUCUCAUUACCACGUCAGAUAUCACAGGGGUCAAGGAUUUAAAAUUUUUUAAGGAAUCAGACAAAGAACAUUUUGCCCAAACCUUAAAGAAUGAAGCUAAAGAAGAUCUGACAAAGGAAGAACAAGCUGAAAGGUCACUACUCAUACUAUUACUUAAGAUCAAGAACGGUAAUACAGCAUCAAGAAAACUGGCUAUGAAGCAUCUUACAGAUAAGGCACUUGAAUUUGGGCCUAAACUUAUCUUCGAUCAUGUCCUACCAAUUCUACUCGAUCGAACGCUGGAAGACCAAGAGCGUCAUUUAAUGAUUAAAGUCGUUGAUCGUGUACUAUAUAAACUAGGGCCUAAAGUUAAAGCAUACACACAUCAAAUAUUAGAGGUAGUCUCACCUCUACUAAUAGAUGAAGAUCCAGUUUCCAGAACGAUUGGGAGAGACGUUAUUACGAAUAUUACUUCAACGUGUGGUCUUGGGAACAUGAUCACAUCGAUUAGACCAGAUAUAGAUCAUGAAGAUGAAUAUGUUAGAAACUUAGCAGCUAGGACAAUGGCUAUUGUGGGUAAAGCCCUUGGAGUACCAUCAUUACUCCCAUUCAUAAAAGCUGUAUGCCAUUCAACAAAAUCAUGGAGAGCUCGUCAUACAGGUGUAAAAAUCAUCCAACAAUUGGCUAUUUUAUUAGGUAUAGGAAUUCUACCACACUUAACAGGAAUGGUUGAAUGCAUAAGAGACGGAUUAACUGAUGAACAUAUACCCGUCCGUAUCAUGACGGCAAAUACAAUCGCCACAUUGGCUGUCAAUUCCUAUCCAUAUGGAAUAGAGGCAUUCAAUUAUAUUCUUGAACCAUUAUGGAAGGGAAUUAGAACACAUAGGGGUAAGGUACUAGCAGUGUUUUUAAAGGCGCUAGGGUCAAUUAUUCCGUUAAUGGAUCCUGAAUACGCUGCAUAUUACACGGAAGAAGUUAUGAGAAUUGUUAAACGAGAGUUCAAUUCUCCUGAUGACGAAAUGAGGAAAACUGUCCUGAUUGUUCUUCAAAAAUGUUGUCGUACUGAAGGUAUUACACCAAAAUAUUUAAAAACUGAAGUAGCACCCGAAUUUUUUAGGACGUUUUGGACCAGACGUGUUGCAUUAGAUCUUCCUAUGAAUAAGCUGGUAAUCUAUACGACGGUUAUUCUAUCCGAAAAGAUUGGCUGCUCCUACGUGGUAGAAAAAUUGCUAACUCCACUGAAGGAUGAGGCAGAACCCUUUAGAAUAAUGGCAAUUUAUGCAGUAAAUAGGGUAGUGAAGCUUCUUGGAACUGCUGAACUUAAUGAAAGAUUGGAAACAAGACUAAUUGAUGCUUUAUUAAUAGCAUUUCAGGAUCAAUCAUCUGAGAAUCCGAUUGUUUACAAAACGUUUGGAACUGUUGCAACCUCUUUAGAUACAAGGAUGCAACCGUUCCUCUCAGCUAUAAUAAGUACCAUUUUAAAUCAUUUAAAGCACAAGGACCAACUAAUACGUCAAAAUGCCGCUGAUUUAUGUUCUUUUUUAAUGCCUGUGAUCAAGAAUUGUAAUGAAAUGGGAAUGCUAAAUAAAUUGAGUAUUAUUCUUUAUGAAUCAUUGGGAGAGGUUUAUCCCGAUGUUCUUGGUUCUAUCAUUGGUGCAAUGUUCAGUGUUAUAUCCAUUUCCAGUCUCCCCGAUUUACAACCGCCAGUUAAUCAGAUUCUUCCUACAUUGACGCCUAUUUUGAGAAAUAAUCACAGGAAGGUUCAACUUAAUACUAUAAAACUUGUAGGUUUUAUUGCAAGACGCGGUCCAAGUUAUGUAUCUCCAAAAGAGUGGAUGAGAAUAUGUUUUGAAUUGCUUGAAAUGUUAAAGAGUACUAACAAAGCUAUAAGAAGAUCGGCAACCGAUACAUUUGGAUUCAUUGCGAAAGCAAUCGGUCCUCAAGACGUUCUAGUAGCCCUAUUAAAUAAUUUAAAGGUUCAAGAACGUCAAUUACGUGUAUGCACAUCAGUUGCUAUUGGUAUUGUGGCUAGAACAUGUGGCCCGUAUACUGUGUUACCAGCUUUAAUGAACGAAUAUAAGAUUCCGGAAACUAACGUACAAAAUGGUAUCUUGAAAGCUCUAACAUUCAUGGUUGAAUACAUUGGAGAUAUUUCGGAGGACUACAUUUAUGUACUUACUCCCCUGCUGGAAGACGCACUAACUGACAGAGAUCUUGUACACCGUCAAACGGCAGCAGAUGUAAUUAAACACAUUGCAUUACAUUGUAGUGGGACAGGUCAUGAGGAUGCUUUCAUCCACAUGUUGAAUUUGCUGAUACCGAAUAUUUUUGAAACAUCUCCCCACGUCAUUGUUAGGAUAUUAGAUGCUCUUGAAUCGAUUUCUCAAGCACUUGGCCCUGGUAUCUACAUGAGCUACAUCUGGAGCGGUUUAUUCCAUCCCGCAAAGAAUGUUAGGAAAGCUUUCUGGAAGGCAUAUAAUAAUGCUUACGUUCAAGAUAUUGAUGCACUUGUCCCAUAUUAUCCAGUCAACAAUGAUGAUUCAAUCAUGAUCCCGGAAUUAGAUGAAGUCCUCUAA